AUGCCUGUUAUGUCACCUAUUUCCGUUUUAAUGAGAAAGAAUAUCGUCAAAGUAUACGAAGGAUUGAGGAAGAACUCUAACGUUAAAGUGGGGAUUGUCUUUGUUAGUUGCCUUAUGCUUCUUCAAUUCUUUGAUUGCUGGAAUCGGUUAACCAGAUUUCAUAAUCAUACUCGGAGCUUAGGCUUAGGAGAAAUGACACCCGAACAUCUUGCUACUAAGUUUUAUUCCCAGCGUAAUUUAUAUAUCAGUGGAGCCGUGUUAUAUCUUGGUAUGGCUAUUUUCACUGUUAUGACUAUCAUUGAUAAAUUGGUGGUAAAGAUUAGUGAUAUCCGAGAAAUGAAAUUGAAAUUAGCAAAGGGUACGGAAGAGAACAAAUCUGAAAGAGAAAAGUAUCAAAGAUUAAUUGAAUUAAAGAAGCAAGAUAUCGCUACCCUUAAGAAGCAGUUGGACGGUUUACAAAGAAGCUAUGACGAAUUGAAUGUCAAGAUUCAACCAGUUGCUGAGAAGAAGAAUGAUUAA